GAGAUAGAGGGAUAGAGGAAGGGAGUGAGUGAAUGAGAAAGACGGGCACACAGGGAGUGAAACAGACAGAGCGAGAGUUGCGGCUCUUACAUCUAGACGCGUGUAGAUAUUUUGCUCCCGGAGAUUCCAAAUAAAACAAACAAGAACACAACAGAUCGCGCUUGUGACAGGAAAGGCACCCGACAGAGAUAUUUGUAUGACUUUUCUGCCUAGCUGAAUUAUUAUUCCGAGGAAUAGUGUCAUAUGUGGAGAUUUCUUAACCUCGGAACGGCUGGCGUUUUUCAGCGCACGAACAAGGAAUACGAUGCUAAGGAUUUUGGAUCCCGUGGUCACUGUCGUGACCAUUUCCUUUGUGGUCGAGGGGGUGCUCGGUGGCUACGGGAUGAGCAUGUUCGCCGCGCAAACAUCCCCCCCGGACCCUUGCUACGACGAGAACGGUAACCCGAGGAGAUGCAUCCCCGAUUUUGUGAACUCUGCUUUCGGAAAGGAAGUCCGCACUUCCAGCACCUGUGGUAAAACCCCGGGUAGGUACUGCUUGGUAACAGAGAAGGGCGAUGAGAGAAAUAGGAACUGCCAUACGUGCGAUGCCUCGGACCCCAAAAAGUAUCACCCACCGGCAUAUCUAACGGAUCUCAACAACCCCCAUAAUCUCACAUGUUGGCAAUCGGAAAAUUACAUCCAAUACCCUCAAAACGUCACCAUAACACUGUCACUGGGCAAGAAAUUCGAAGUCACCUACGUAAGCCUGCAGUUCUGCUCACCUCGACCCGAAUCUAUGGCUAUCUUCAAGUCUAUGGACUAUGGCAAAUCUUGGGUACCUUUCCAAUACUAUUCGACCCAAUGCAGAAAAAUGUACACCAAACCGAGCAAGGCCACCAUUACCAAACAAAACGAACAAGAGGCGAUAUGCACAGACUCCCACACGGACAUGCACCCUCUAUCCGGCGGUCUCAUUGCCUUCAGCACUCUGGACGGCAGACCGUCGGCGCACGACUUCGACAACUCGCCGGUGCUCCAGGACUGGGUCACCGCCACCGAUAUCAAGGUGACGUUCAGCCGAUUGCACACUUUCGGUGAUGAGAACGAGGAUGACUCGGAGCUAGCCCGGGACUCUUAUUUCUAUGCGGUGUCCGAUCUGCAGGUUGGCGGUCGAUGCAAAUGCAAUGGCCACGCUUCGCGGUGCGUAAAAGACAGGGAUGGAAACCUUGUUUGUGAGUGCAAACAUCAUACCGCGGGACCGGAGUGCGACAGGUGCAAGCCUUUCCAUUAUGAUCGGCCGUGGCAACGCGCAACAGCGAGAGAAGCCAACGAAUGUGUCGCCUGUAACUGUAACCUGCAUGCCAGGCGAUGCCGUUUCAACAUGGAGCUGUACAAGCUGUCUGGGAGGAAGAGCGGAGGAGUCUGUCUCAACUGUCGCCACAACACGGCCGGACGCCACUGUCACUACUGCAAGGAGGGUUACUACAGAGACCUGUCCAAAACCAUCUCUCACAGGAAAGCCUGCAAAGCAUGUGAUUGCCAUCCCGUGGGUGCUGCUGGCAAAACCUGUAACCAAACCACGGGUCAAUGUCCCUGUAAAGACGGCGUGACUGGUAUCACGUGCAACCGCUGCGCUAAAGGCUACCAGCAGAGCCGCUCGCCCAUUGCCCCCUGCAUAAAGAUUCCCGUUGUUCCCCCGACAACCACAGCCAGCAGUACAGAGGAGCCAGCAGACUGUGACUCCUAUUGCAAGGCGUCGAAAGGCAAACUGAAGAUCAACAUGAAGAAAUACUGCAAGAAAGAUUACGCUGUCCAGGUGCACAUUCUGAAGGCGGACAAGGCGGGCGACUGGUGGAAGUUCACCGUCAACAUCAUCUCUGUCUACAAGCAGGGCGAGAGCCGCAUCCGCCGCGGCGACCAGUUCCUGUGGGUCAGGGCCAAGGAUGUGGCGUGCAAGUGUCCAAAGAUCAAGACCGGGAAGAAGUACCUGCUCCUGGGUAACAAUGAGGAUUCUCCAGGGCAGUCUGGAGUGGUGGCCGAUAAGGGCUCCCUGGUCAUCCAGUGGAGAGACACAUGGGCCCGUCGGCUGAGGAAGUUCCAGCAACGUGAGAAGAAAGGCAAGUGCAAGAAGGCAUAGGCGGAAAGUACGGCCGACGCCUGGAGCGAGGGAAUGGAACGCGGGACAGGAGAACGGACGAGUGGGUGUUGAAAAAGGACGGGGGGAGAGAGAGGGAGACUGAGGAAGGACAGAAAGGGCCUGUGCGUUGUCGCUACUUUUCCGAGUAGAAGCACGAAGAGAAUAUUAGUGAGAAGAUCUUUUCUAGUGGACUUUUGUGAAGGAGCUCACGCUGCAGGUGUCAUUGCUUCGUUGGUUUUUUCCUUCGAGAUUUGUCUCUGUGGAUUUGCCAAGUUUGCACCUAUUACCAGUAUAUAUAAAGUUAUUUGGGUUUUCAUUUUUUUUCAUAUUGAUAUUUCAUAACCCUAUUUUAUGAGCAUUUUGUGCUGGUGCGAAGACACCACCAAUCAAGCCACUGCAUUAUCACAAGCUCUGUUUUCCGUCGUUUUUAGGGUUAGCUAAUAAUAUCCCUGACAAACCAGCCUGCAUCGUCAAACGUCCUCACUCGCUUUUUUUUGUGUUGACAUUGUGUAUCCUAUUGGCAGUGCAGUAAAAAGUGGCAUAAAAUAACAUUGGUUCUGCGCCUUGGAAAUGCACCUUUCAUGUAUUAUCAAAUAGGUUGCCCUUGCGCUUCGCCUGGUCGUAUGUGUAUGUGACAUAAAACGCACAGUAACUAGCUACGUUUUUUGAUUAUAUCACGGGUGUGACAUAUUGUACAUUUGAUUGAAUGUUGGCCCCUAGAUGCAGACAGUGAAAUGGGAAGAAAGAAAAUGAAUGUCCAUUCUUAAAAGGUGUACAAAAUAUUUGACUCUAGCAUUGUUAACUAAGCUUAAUCGAGGAUAUUCUUUUAAAAUCUACACAUUUCUCUUUGUCCGGUUUCAGUAUUCAGAAUGAUCUGAAAUUAAUGAAUGCUCAUUGUGAAUUGUGGUGAUUAACACACUCUUGUACAGUUUCAAACUGCAUGUCAACCUGUCUCCAAAAAGGAUGGUUCUUAUGUCAAAUACAUGGCGUCCAUAUUAGGACAGCGUCAGAUGAGUUGAUGUCCUAAUAUGGACACAGUGUCCUUACUCUCUUUUUGACUGGUGCUGCUGUCUAAUUUGAUGGUUAGUGUUUUUAAUAAUACUAUUGUUGGAUUCCCAAGAAGAUGACAGACUGCAUUCAAAAGGUCUGGGAUUCCACAAAGGCUCCUGCUAUUAGAACAAUAACAACCAGAUUUCAGUUUAGGAUCUUCAAUCUCUAUUUAGGAUCACUUGUUUUAAUAUUUUAUCAAUGUUUGGUUCAAUUAUACUGAACAAACAUAAGUGCAACAUGCAAUAAUUAAUGAUUUUACAGAGUUACAAUUCAAUAUAAGGAAAUUAGUCAAUUGAAAUUAAUGAAUUAGGCCCUAAUCUAUGGAUAUCACAUGACUGGGCAGGGGCGCAGCCUUGGGUGGGCACAGGCCAACCCACUGAGGAGCCAGGCCCAGCCAAUCAGAAUGACUUUUCCCCCACAAAAGCGCUUUAUUACAGAUAAAAGUCCUCCUCAGUUUCAUCAGCUGCCCUGGUGGCUGAUCUCAGACGAUCCCGCAUGUGAGAAAGCCAGAUGUGGUAGAGAAAUGAAAAUUAAAUUCUCUGGCAACAGCUUUGGGGGACAUUCCUGCAGUCAGCAUGCCAAUUGCAUGCUCCCUCAAAACUUCGAGACACAUGUGGCAUUGUGUUGUGUGACAAAACUGCCUUUUAUUGUCCCCAGCACAAGGUGCACCUGUGUAGUGAUCAUGCCGUUUAAAUCAGCUUCUUGAUAUGCCACACCGGUCUUGUGGAUGGAAUAUCUUGGUAAACAAGAAAUGCUCACUAACAGGGAGGUAAACAAAUAUGUACACAAAACUUGAGAGAAAUAAGCUUUUUGUGCAUAUGGAAAAUUUCUGGGAUCUUUUAUUUCAGCUCAUAAAACACUUCACAUGUUGCUUUUAUUUUUUUGUUCAGUAUAUAUUUAAUGAUCGAGUGAUUUUGGAGCCAGUCCUUCUAAGAGACAGAAAGCAGUGCGGUUCUUCCCCAUGUUGCCCAGAUUUAGUAUAUAGAUGUUUUUUUAUUUGAUAUUGAAGGUGUACAUGUAUGAAAUAUGAAUUCACAUUAAUAUUAUAAUAUAGUACACAUGCUUUACACAAAACCAAUGAUGUGAAUAUAAAACCUUAUCAUACCUAAGGUUUCAAAUAGACGAGCUACCACACUAGGC